GGGCGUUUGAUUUUUUUUACCCUGGCUUUUUUGGCACACUCUUCAGAAAAAGGAUCCAAAUACAGAUCAAUAUUUUUUUCACAAUCUUCUUACGAAGUUCUUGGCACUGCUCUACACUUGUUGAUUUUGAACGAAAUAUGCAAUAAAAGUCGAUCACCAUUGAACAGAUUGUGGCCAACGAUACCUUUUCACAUUCAGCUGCCAUUUAUUCCAGCAAAGCAUCGUUGAUCGCCGUCAGAUGGCCGCAUAUGCGGCAAAGCGCACCGGAGUGCAUUUGCUAACGCGGUUCGCCGGGCUAACUCGAUUUGAUAGCUCCCGGAGUUUAUGUCAGCACUCGGGCUCCCACGGCAAGGGAUUCUUCUUCGUGGACACUCUGGCUCUUGUUAGGAAAUUGGAAGCUCAAGGAGUGCCUUCGAAGCAAGCGGAGGCCAUCACAGCUGCUAUAACGGAAGUCUUGAAUGAUAGCUUGGAAAGUGUAGCUCAGUCACUUGUUUCAAAAUAUGAAUUGCAGAAAAUUGAAAUGACUCAUGAAGCCAAUUUGUCAAAAUUCAAAUCCGAAGUUCAGAGUUCUCAGGAAUCUCACUUCUCUGUGUUGCAACAUGAGACUGAAAAGCUCAAGAGUGAUAUUGAAAAGAUGCGUAGUGAAUUGAGGUAUGAAAUUGACAAAGCAACUGCUGGACAUAGACUGGAUCUGAAUCUUGAGAAGGGGAGAAUUCGGGAUGAGUUAGCAAAUCAAAACCAGGAAACAACUAGCCUUACAAACAAACUUGAUAGAGAGAUUCACGCUCUAAGGGCGCAAUUGGAGGCAGCUAAAUACGAUGUGAUAAAAUAUUGCAUAGGCACUCUUGUUUCUAUAUCUGCUGUUGGCUUGGCUGUAGUCCGGAUCCUCAAGUGAUAUGUUGCUUUGCCCUGAUUUCUUAAUUGCCAGAGGUUAGAAGAGGCUCCUUACCCUUCGCCAUUCAUGAUAACUGGAAUGUUUAUUGAAGAGAAGUAGAACCACAUAAUAGUGCAGAGGGAAGUGCUUCCUGAUUGGAAAUGUAAUUGUAUCUUUAGUAUGUUAUGAUUCGCCCAAUCACUUCAGAGAUGAGAUUUUGCUUUCUCCAUCACAUUGUAUCAAUGCUUUGGGUUCAUGGCAAAAUAUUUCAGUCGAAUUUAAUGCAUUUUCCCAGUUUCAUAUACUGCCAGUCACUGUUCUUCAGCGGAAUUGAAUCUUUUGCUUGAGAAAGUUCUCUAAAUAACAAGUAGGGGUCGGAAUAG